UUAUUAAAUUAACUGACACCGAAAAUGAAUGAGUAAUUCAGUGAGAAUCAAUCGAAAUUUAUUAGCUAGAAGCACAGGCAAGGCAUAAGCAAAAAUACUUAAUUGUUUGUGAUUUAGAGAGCUUCGGCAUUGCACUGACGUGGACCUGAAAGAUUAGAAACAGACUUCCAAUAUGUCCACAGCACGGCGGCGGCCCCAGGGUGGCAGUGCGGGCGAUGUACAGAGCUACCACCCGAAGGAAAGGCUGGUGGAGAAGGACGAGGGAACGCCGGACAUACGCGGCGACAGACGGAACAUAGCCAUCCUGCUGUUUCUGUAUAUACUGCAGGGCAUACCCAUAGGCCUGAUAGCCGCCAUUCCCAUGCUGCUGCAGAACCGGGGAGCCAGCUACAAGCAGCAGGCGGAGUUCUCCUUCGCCUACUGGCCGUUCAGCUUGAAGCUACUGUGGGCACCCAUCGUGGACUCGCUUUACGUCCGGAGAUUCGGGCGCCGCAAAUCGUGGCUGGUGCCGGUGCAGUAUCUGCUUGGCGGAUUCAUGAUGUUCCUUUCCUACUACGUGGAUCGUUGGCUGGGCGGCGAUGGUGUGGAGCCGAAUGUGGCGCUGCUGUCGCUGCUCUUCUUCCUGCUCAAUUUCCUGGCUGCCACCCAGGACAUCGCUGUGGACGGCUGGGCUCUGACUAUGCUGAAGCGCUGCAAUGUAGGCUACGCCUCCACCUGCAACAGUGUCGGCCAGACAGCCGGCUACUUCCUUGGAUAUGUGGUGUUCAUUGCCCUCGAAUCGAAGGACUUUUGCAACAAGUACAUGAGGGAUGUGCCCCUGAACGAGGGCAUGAUCACGUUACCACGCUUCCUCUGGUUCUGGGGUAUUGUCUUUGUGGUGGCCACCACUCUGGUGGCAAUCUUCAAGAAGGAGAAUGACAUUGAAGAUGCCCAUACGGAAUCUCGCUACACGGAGGAGCAUGAGCUGAACAUUCGUCAGAGCUACAAGAUCCUCUGGGACAUGGUGAAGAUGCGACCAGUGCAGAUCCUAGCCGCCAUUCUGCUCACCGUUAAGGUAACCUUCUCCGCAUCGGAUGCGGUCACCAGUCUGAAGCUCAUCGAUGCCGGGGUGCCCAAGGAUCAGCUGGCUCUGCUGGCCAUCCCCCUCAUUCCCCUUCAGCUCGUCCUGCCCCUGGUGAUGGGUCGCUACACCAACGGCCCGCGUCCCAUGGAUGUGUAUCUGAAGGCCAUUCCAUAUCGAAUUCUUCUGGCCGCCGUGGCGACAAUUUUCGCCUACGCCACACCUUUUAUGGUGCAGAAAGGGCAUGUCCCAGUGUACUAUUAUGUCCUUCUGAUCGCCCUGUAUGCCUGCUAUCAGGUAUUCCUGUACUCAAUGUUCGUGGCGGCCAUGGCAUUCUUUGCAAAGAUCUCGGACCCCGCUGUGGGUGGCACAUACAUGACAUUCCUCAACACGCUGUGCAAUCUGGGCGGCAAUUGGCCCAACACGGUGGUGCUCUGGCUGGUGGACGUGCUCACAUGGAAACAGUGCACCACCAAUACGGAUAAUACGUGCCUCAAUAAGGAUGAGCAACAGAGCUGUGAAUCGUCACACGGCAAUUGCGAGAUUACUUUCGAUGGCUACUAUCUGGAGUCGUUCUUCUGUGUGGUCUAUGGCAUCAUCUGGGUACUGGUGGUGCACAAGUGGAUCGUCUAUCUGCAGGAUCUGCCCGUACGGUCGUGGCUUGUGGUCAAACAUAAGUCGCGGUAGCAAUUAAUCGUGUGAUCCGCUGCCGCAACCGCCAACGCCACCUCGCCCGUACAAACCAGCUAUUAUUUAUAGGACUAAAAAGUGUUUGUAUUCUGUGUAGGCUAGUGAAAUUGAAAAUUCCCGCCUUGGUAUUGUUUUCGUAUAACUUAAUAGAUUCCAUUGGAAAUAAAAUUAGAUUCGACGUCGAGUACAAAGCAUAGAAA